AUGCCAAAGACGCCUCCUCUUUUGAUGCCAAAUGAUUGGUGUUUACAAGAAGAUAACACUUCUUCAAACAUGUUUGAUGUCGAAGAAGAAGAGGAAGAUAAUAACCAAGAGAUGAUAAGCAAUGCUACAUUCACUGUUCAGAAUAGAGACGACAGUAGUCAACAUAUACAAAAUCACCAAGAGAGCCAGGCACAAGCCAUUUCCUCUGCCAAUCUGUUCCAUAGAGCAAAUACUCAACAAGAUCAUGACAGUGAGUUAGAUGAAGAAAGCUGGGAAACCAUCGUACAUGGGCUUCAAGGUGAAUUUGCAUCUUAUUUGGAAGAGUAUUCACAGAUUAAAAGGGAUUUGGACAAUAAAAAGAAAAAGCUAUACCAAGAAAUCAUGGAACGUAAAGAAUACCUUGAACAAAGAGGUGCAAUUUUAUACCAGAGAUGGGAUGCAUUAAAAGAUUUUAUAUAA